AUGGUGCAGACUAUGCUUCCAAAGUCAUUGAGAGCCAUGAAAUUCUACUUCACUACUGUGUAUCAAGAAAUAUGGGUUGGUGUAGCAUUAACAGCUUAUGUCUACUACAAAAUUUCAUAUGGUGGCAAAAAAGCAGUGGCAGAUAAGUCCUCUGGUGCUGGCCAUCAUUAAAGACCUCUUCUGGGAGUAUGAAUUUGGUGGUUUGUCUUCUUUACUGUAAAUGAAGCAAGUUACAACCAUAGGGAAGUUAAUUCUAAAACUGUACCUGAUCCAUCUGUUGUAAUUAGAAAACUAAUAAAUCCAUUGAGCAAGAAGGAAUUAAACAUGUUGGA